AUGACCCAGCAAGGGUGGUCGCAAGGACAAGCACUCGGUAACCGCACCACGACCUCCCGUUUUGGUGCUCCCAGCGAUGCAGAACGCCUCGCCGCCGCAAAUGUGGGUGUCAUCUUCAAAGACGACAAUUUAGGGCUGGGCGCCAAGAGGAAAAGCGGGAAGGAGGCUGUUGAGGAACAGAGGACCGGUUUGGACGCAUUUCAAGGUCUGUUAGGGCGGCUGAAUGGUAAGAGUGAUGAGGUGCUGAAGCAGGAGGAGAAGAAGGUUGAAGACAGGAAAUUGGCAAUGUAUGCUCACGGAAGAUGGGGUGGGAUGAUUUUCGUGAAAGGCGGGGUCUUGGUUGGGACUAUUGGCAAGAAGGAAGAAGAGAAGACAAUACAGGAAGGGAAGGCGAAAGAUAAAGCAGGCAACAAGCUUUUGCCAGAGGGUAACACGCACCCUCCUGAGUCACCAUCGCAAGGGCGAGAAAAGGGCAUAAUCAAAGAGCACGAAGAGCGGCGGAGAAUGAAAGAGGAGAAGAGACGGCGGAAAGAAGGGAGGCGGAAACGCAGGGAAGAAAAGGCGCUGAAAAAGGCAGCGAACAGAACGAAAGACGACCCCCAAGUCCUCUCGGCGCACAAGUCGCCUUUGGCUCAACCACCUGAUGAGCCUGUGUCCUCUGCUGCAUCCGACGACGAGGUUGUGAAAGCAUUCAAGCAACGAAACAGCGAAGAGAGACGAUGGCAAAAGUCUUCCAACGACAAUGCCCACGUUGGAGACAGCAGCCCGUCGGUGUCGACUUUGAUAUCGGCUUCGACCAGGCAGAGCGUGACGGUUAUGAAGACUGGGCGACAUUUGCUUAGAGGGCGCAACAUCCAGGCCAAGAAGAUGGUGUUGGCAGAUAUGAAAGGGCUCGACGAGAUUUUCAUGAGAUGA